AUGAACAAUUUAGCAAAGAAACCAAUCAUGGUACCAUUGAUAAAACCAUUACCACCUAAGAGCAGCCCAUGUACACUUGAAAAUAAUGGAGAAGACUUAAAACUUCUUGCGGUAAUUUAUGGUGCUCUUGAUCCACCAAAAAACGAAGGCGGCAUUGGUAAUAAUGGAUCUAUCAGAUCGAUAUUAUCAUCUAAUGAUGGCAAUGGCAGUGAUGGUGAUGCAGGAAUAAAUGAUUAA